AUGGUGGAAAAUCAUAAUAAGAACAAGGGAGUUGCCGCAAAUUGCAGUGGUGAUGACGAUGAUGAGAAAUAUGUCAAUUCACUUCCAGUUGGGUAUCGAUUCGCACCUCAUGAUGAUGAGCUGAUUCUUGACUACUUACUGAAAAAGAUCAAGAAACUUCCCUUGCCUCGUAACAGGAUUCAUGAGGUUGAUUUGUAUAAAUAUAGCCCUCGAAAGCUCACUGAAAUCUGUAAACUGAAUAGAGCAAGAGAAAGCGAGUGGUACUUUUUCACUUCGAGGGAGAAAAAAUACCCAAAUGGUUGUAGACCGAAUCGGAGUGCGGGAGAUGGAUUUUGGAAGCCUACAGGAACUGAUAAUGCCAUCCCAAAUAACAAAAAUCCUGUUGGUUUUAGAAAAUCUUUGGAUUAUUAUUCAAGGAAGCAAGCUGAAGGAUGGAAAACGGAUUGGAAGAUGCAUGAGUAUUUGGUUAAUCCAAAGCUUAUUUCUUCAGCUACUACUUCCAGACCCAAAUGCCCAUUGCAACCUAUGCUGGCAUUUAUUGAAUUUCUUCUUUUUCUUUUUUUUUUUUUUAAUUUCGUUGAUGAUAAAUAAAAUAAUUAUGCAAAUCCAAGUAGAGUGAUUAGAAAUCGAUUCAAGUAGGGUGA